AUGCUUCCUCUGUUCGUGCUUGUGCCGGUGGUCUCUGCAGCCCUAUUGCUCAUCUAUGCUGUUCUUUUCGUGGGUAAGCGACAGAAGACGCUGCCUCCUGGUCCUCCGACUUUACCGAUCAUUGGCAACCUGCAUCAGAUCCCUACCAAAGGCUCUUAUUUGACCUUCACGGAAUGGGCAAAGCAGUACGGAGGAAUCUUUAGCCUGAAGCUUGGCCCUGGCACAGCUAUCGUCCUGACAGACCGAAAGUACGUCAAGCAGCUUAUCGACAAGCGGAGCUCGAUCUAUAGCGACCGACCUCACUCAUAUGUGAGCCACAAUUUGAUCACUGGAGGCGAUCAUGUCCUCAUAUGUCAUUAUGGUCGAGUAUGGCAGCAGUACAGAAAGCAGAUCAACCAAUUCUUUAAGGAGUCCAUCGUCGACAAAGAUCAUCUGCCAGUCCAGAACGCGGAAGCUGUUCAGUUUUUAUACGAUAUGAUGCACAGCCCACAAGACCACAUGAUGCAUCCAAAGCGAUUCUCGAAUAGUAUUGCUUGCAGCACUAUUUGGGGGAUCAGAUCUCCCACAAUCGACACUCUGCAUAUGACAAGAUUGUAUGAUUUGAUGGAGAAUUGGUCUGUUGUCAUGGAACCAGGAAAUACUCCACCAGUCGACAUCUUUCCCUUCCUGCACUAUGUGCCAGAAUCUUUGUUCGGUCGAUGGCGGAGUCGGGCAUCCAAUGUCGGGGAUGAGAUGAAUGGUUUAUACAGUGAUAUGCUUCAGCGACUGGAAGCACGUAGAGAGAAGACGGGCACCCAAGGUUCCUUUAUGGAUCGGGUCCUAGAUCAAACCGAAAAACUGGAACUGACACGACACCAGACGUGGUUCCUUGGCGGGACGAUGAUGGAGGGAGCCAGUGAUACUAGCUCUAGUAUCAUUAUUGCAGCUAUUCAAGCUUUUGUAAGGUGGCCUGAAGUGCAACAAAAAGCUUGGGCGGAGAUAGACGCUGUGUUGGGCGAAGAUCGGUCACCAACCUGGGAGGAUUACGACAAGCUGCCCUAUAUAGCAGCGACAGUCAAGGAGGCAAUGAGAUGGAGACCGGUUGUGCCUUUGGCAUUUCCUCACGCGCUGACUGAAGACGACUGGAUCGACGGGUAUAAGCUGCCGAAAGGCUCGAUCGUUUUCAUCAAUGCGUGGGGCAUUCACCACGAUGAGAGUCGCUUCAAAACCCCUGACGUAUUUGAUCCAGAUCAUUACAAAGGAGUAACAGCUCUAGCACCCGUGCUUGCGGCUGCCACUGAUGAGAACGAGCGCGACCACUAUGGGUAUGGGUCAGGACGGCGUCUUUGUCCAGGUAUACAUUUAGCGGAACGCAACCUCUUUCUCGCAAUCUCAAAGCUAUUGUGGGCUUUUGAGUUCUCACCCGGCACGAAUGACUCGGGUGAUAUUGUACUUCCUGACACAGAUCCACAGACAGGAUACAGCGAAGGAUUCUUGGUAUGUGCAAAACCUUUCCAAUGUAGGAUCGAGGUGCGAUCGGAGAGAAGGCGUGAGACGAUAGAGAAAGAGUAUGCUGUGGCUCAGAAGGAGGUAUUUUCGAGGUUCGGGUAG